GGCAUUACAGGAAGAGAGUGGUGUAGGAAAAAGGAACGGGACGCCCUCCUCUUCCUCCUCCUCCUCCUCCUCCUCCUCUCUCGGCGGAUAACGGUGUUCAAGAAGUUAUUCAGGACUGACGCAGACAAUAGCUGCGAGGCUGUCCGUCCUCACCGGCGUCGAUACGCGUCCAUCACCACGUAUUAAUGCUGUGCGCGUCCGUGUUGCUUUGCGCGCAGCGGAAGACGUUCACUUGAAAUCAUACCAUGGAGGAUUUGGGACUGCCUGAUCCUAGCUACCCUCUCAGUCCUCGUGUAGUUGUGUUCGACGCCCUCCUCGCUGACCUGGAGAACACCGGCUCUCCUCUCGCCCGGUGUCCCGUCCUGCUCACAUCGGACCCGCCCCAGAACGCCGACGCUGCGACCCGGGAUGCGAGCCCCGCCCGCCCCCCCCCUCCCGCCUACACCCCCCAGCAGACCGUUUCUGCUGCUAUGAAGUCCUCCCAGAACUCUAACCCAGACAAACUAUACAGCACUGUGUGUAAACCGCGCUCCCCCCGCACGUUGGACCCUCCCCCCGCCUUCUCCUCAUCCUCGCUGCUGGGAGGAGGUCUGAGCGAGCUGGAUCAUCUGCUGCAGGAGCUCAACGCAACGCAGUUCAACAUCACCGAUGAGAUCCUGGCCCAGUUCCCUUCUUCUAAGAAAGACGACAGGGACAAGAUUAAAGAUAAGGCCACGACCUCUUCUUCCAGCUCCGUGAAGCCGUCAGCGACGUCGGCCACUCUGGAGCUGGACAAACUGAUGGCGUCCUUGUCCGACUUCCGCGUGCAGAGCACACCAGCGGCACCCGUCACCCCAGUGGUCACGGCUCCACAGCAGCCCGCCCCCCCCCCGCAGCCCUCCUCCGGCGGCUCCCUGGACAGCAUGCUGGGACUCCUCCAGUCGGACCUGAGCCGCCAGGGCGUCCAGACGUCCUCCAAGGGCAACUGUUCGGCCUGCCAGAAGCCGGUCGUGGGACAGGUGGUGACGGCGCUGGGGAAGGUCUGGCACCCGGAGCACUUCGUGUGCACGGAGUGCGAGGCGGAGCUGGGCAACCGCAACUUCUUCGAGAAGGACGGGCGGCCGUACUGCGAGUCCGACUACUUCACCCUCUUCUCGCCCCACUGCGCCCACUGCAACAAGCCCAUCCUGAACAAAAUGGUGACCGCUCUGGACAAGAACUGGCACCCGGAGUGUUUCUGCUGCGUCAAGUGCAGCCGGACGUUCGGAGAGGAAGGUUUCCACGACCGCGAGGGCCAGCAGUACUGCCAGCAGUGCUUCCUGACCCUGUUUGCCUCCCGCUGUCAAGGCUGCAGCCAGCCCAUCCUGGAAAACUACAUCUCAGCCCUCAACUCCCUGUGGCACCCGCAGUGCUUCGUGUGCCGGGAGUGCUACAGCCCCUUCGUCAACGGCAGCUUCUUCGAGCACGAGGGCCAGCCGCUGUGCGAGGCCCACUACCACCAGUCGCGCGGCAGCGUGUGCCAGGCGUGCCAGCAGCCCAUCCUGGGCCGCUGCGUCACCGCCAUGGGCGCCAAGUUCCACCCCCACCACCUGGUGUGCCACUUCUGCCUGAAGCCCCUGAGCAAGGGCUGCUUCAAGGAGCAGGAGAACAAGCCCUACUGCCACCCGUGUUUCAUAAAACUCUUCGGUUGAUGGACUCCGCAGGACCUUGCCCCCCCCCCCAUCCCCCGAGUCGGAGAAGCACUUUGUACUGCGAAGAUGAGGGUGGAGCUGGUCUCUUUUUUUGGUUUUAAGAUUAUUUGAGUCACUAGAGGAAGAGUAAACCGAAAAAAAUUUGAAAUUGUUUAUUAAUCUAGCAUUUGCAAAUUGACGCCAAAUUAUCGUGUCGUGUAUGUACAUAAUUUACAUACUGUAUUCAUUCAAAUUGAAUAUUGAAAAUUUUAUUAUUUUGCCAAAGGUACAAAAGAUUGCUGAAAGUACAUGUAUUGCUUAUGUGAAGGAUUUGUACUGGUCUUCAAGGAAAUCCCCUUUAUUAUGUUUGCUUUAUUUUGCAAAUAGUAUUUUUCACUGCCGUAGCUUUUAUAUAUAUUGUAUGCUGACUGCUACCUUUGUUUUGUACAAGAAACUAAGCUAUCAAAUGUGUAAAGUCAGAUAUUUCGAGUUAUUCUUGCACUAGCUCUAUGCAAUUUGCUAGAAAAGUAUCCCAAAGAGUAAAAUAAAGGAACACAACUUGUUGUUUUA